AUGUCCAUCGAGCAGCGUGCCGCGCUUGCUGCGUUCUCCGCGUGCGAUGUAUCAGACGCCCUUCUCAAACUUGGCGUCCCCGGCGCAGGCUUCCUAGCCGACAUCCAUCCAACAGCCUUCCCAGGCCCAGGAGACCCAGCCUUCGGCCUCAAGAUCAUCGCGCCAGCAUUCACAGUCCUUUUUGUGCCAAAAGCAUCGCCGUCAUUUCCGGGCCCCUUAACGACGCCAGAUGACCUGCCCGAGAGUAACAUCCCGGCGGGCACGCCCUAUGCGGAUCUAAUCACCCCGGACACCAUAGUGGUGAUCAGUCAGCCAGCUGGCCAGAAGUGUGCGGUUGUUGGCGGGAUCAUGGCGACGCGGAUGGCGAAGCUGGGAGCCAGGGCGCUGGUCGUGGAUGGGAGGGUCAGGGAUCUGAGUUGUUUGCGGGGUGUUGCGCAGGAGGGGGGAUGUCCGGUGUGGUCCCGAGGAACAUCUACGAUUGGCGCGGGGGCCGAGGCGAAGGCUCAUGCUGUCAAUGUGUCUGUGAGGAUUUCGGGCAUGGAAGUCCGGCCGGAAGAUUUGGUUAUGGUUGACCAGGAUGAGAAGGCUGUCGUUGCCAUUCCAAGAGGUCGGGUUGCGGAGGUGCUUGAGCUGUUGCCCGGACUGGUGAAGGCGGAUGAGAGGGUUCUGGUGGACGUCGAAGGGGGAGGAUCAGUUAAGGAAGCGUUUCAGAAAUAUCGAGGGAAGUUGUGA